AUGGCCAUGCUCGACAUGCCGACAGUCACCACAGGCCUCGCUCCUGAGAGCCCUCCUGUGCCACGAUUCUGCAAAUCGAAGGUUAAGAGGAACAACACGGUGGAGUCUGGCAGCCAGGAGAGCGCUACCACCGCUUCGCCUGAGAGCUGUGCCGGCACCUUCUUCAUGUACAGCUCUUCGGACGAUGAGCGCUCGGAGCCGGACGUGCACACGGGCCUCCCCAAGGGCUUGCUGCGUGCACCGCCGGGCCUGAGCAAUGUCAGCAACCUAGCACAAGCUCCGAUGACUGUGAACAUGGCUGCCAGCGGGCAGCCUGGGAUGUGGUCGGCUAACCAGCAGAUCAGUCCUGAGCUUCCAGACACGCCUCCGGGCCUGUCGUCCGAGAUCUUGAGGCGGGUGCAGGAGCUUGAAGCUGUGAAGGCUCAGCUCAAAGCAGCGGAGUACAUGGCCAUGGCAAGCGCUCAACCAUUUCCAAACCUGGAAGUGGGUGGGGGCUCGCACAAUCCUGCGCAGCUGAGCACCGGUGGCAUGAUCGCAUCUAACCCAUUUCUGCUGGAGGAGCUACGCCUGACGGGCGGCCUCCAGCAAUUCCAGUGUUCACCCUUCCUAUCAACUUCAGUGGGAGGUGCGCGCUACCAGGCGCCUGCUAUGAUGGCCCCUUCACACUCAAUGCCUGCAGCUGGCUUGGAGCACCCCGCUCCUGCCCCGUGCAAUCCUCAAGUCCUCGAGACAAUGCCCCGAGACUCUCCAGUCGCUCCAGCCAGUCUACGAAGGGAGGCCUUUGAAACGCCGGCAGAGUUCGCGGUGCAGAAGGCCAUCAACCAGGAGCUGCUUGCUGCCUCAGCUGGCGAAGAUGAACAAUGUGUUUUUCAGGUGCUUGAAGUGGCCGCAAAGUACCUGAAGCAGAUGAAUGGCGUGAACCUCUCAACAGCUAUCCACCGCAUAGCCCGGGCCUGCCAGCGCUUCAAGCAUAUGGCAGACCAAGUCAAGAAGGCGCCCGCCUUCAUGUCAAUGGUUGAGGCGGCGGAGCGCAUGGUUUUGCAGGAGCUGGAACACCGGGACUUGAGGAUGCCUGUGAAGUGUUGCACCAUCAUCGCCUGGUCAUGUGCCAGCCUCCGAGUUUUCCGCAAUUCGCUCUUCAAGGCUCUUGCCAGGCUGGCCACUGUCAACCUGGAGCUGUGCCAGUCCUACGAGAUGACGAACAUCAUGUGGGCUUUUGGGGAGCUGUGCAAGAGCCGCCGGCAGCUGGGGAAGGACAUCAAGGAAGACUUGGAGCAGCUCUUGGAGGCCACCUGCCGCGUCUUCGCUUCCCGGCCCUUUGGUGCCUGGAAGCUUCAGGUGCUGAUGUCGGCGCUUGUCUCCUUGACAAUCCUUCCGUGGCAGCCAUCCAGCCAGCGUCUUUUCACCGACAUUGCGAUGGAGGUUGCCCAGCGCCAUGUGGAGCUCGCCAACGAGAAGACCAAGCCUCUCACCAUGGCCUUUAAUGAACUCCGCAACAAAAAGUCCCAGGUCUUCCGGGAGAUCGUACCGGCCUUGCAGCAGCACUUCCCCGACUUCGUGGCGUGCUAUGCAGGUGCCAAUCGCAUGUGA